AUGCAAACCUCGGAUGUAUCGAGCAUCCCGAACAAUUCGCGUCUAAUCCCUCCCGCGUCCAAAUACGGUCUCAACGGCGACAACACGGGCUUCUCCCACGGAGCCUACCACUCCAACAACCCUAACUCGGUCCAAGGAUUUUCGGACCGUAGCGCUCGUCGCGCAAACAUCCCCGCUAUAAAUACUGCUGCUGCAGGCCAGCCCCCUUCCGACAUGGCCUCCGGCGCGGGCUUCGAUAUGAACUUCACUCCUCUCCUCCCCUCCCAGCUGCUCGUGGGCAGCCCCUUUCAGCCCGGAACCCCGUCCGCCUUCGCGUCGCCGCAGUUUGCAAACUUCGGAGGCUUCCCGCCAGCCAGCGCCAAUGGACACGCGCAGAACUCCCAGAACCAGAUGGGUAGCCCGACACAGGGCAUGCAGAACCCUGGGAUGUACUCUGGUAUGAUGCCGACUGACGGGAUGGGCGGCUCCCAAAUGAUGGGUGGCCCCCAAUCCCCGAUCAACGGUAUCGGGGGCAUGAAUAAUGCGGCUCUGGGUAGCCCGGCCGCGUCGGUGGCGCCGGGCAUGUUGUCGGGAACGAGUCGUACGGUGUAUCUAGGGAAUAUCCCGGCUGAAACUGCCGCUGAGGAAAUCCUGAACCAUGUCCGCAGCGGCCAGAUCGAGUCGGUGCGGUUACUUGCCGACAAGAACUGCGCCUUCAUCUCCUUCUUAGAUAGCAGCUCGGCCACUCAUUUCCACUCGGACGCCAUCUUGAAGAAGCUGGCCAUCAAGGGCAACGACAUCAAGGUCGGCUGGGGUAAGCCCUCCCAGGUGCCCACCUCGGUGGCCUUGGCCGUCCAACAGUCGGGCGCAUCGCGCAAUGUCUAUCUGGGCAACCUUCCAGAGGAAACGUCAGAGGAUAGCCUGCGGGAAGAGCUGGGCAAGUUCGGUUCCAUUGACACCGUCAAGAUUGUCAAGGAGAAGGCGAUUGGAUUCGUGCAUUUUCUGUCUAUCAGUAACGCGAUGAAGGCUGUGACCCAGUUGCCCCAGGAGCCGCAGUGGCAGGCGCCCAAGCGCGUCUUCUAUGGCAAGGACCGUUGUGCGUAUGUGUCCAAAACCCAGCAACAAAAUGCCGCCCAGUUCCUGGGCAUUGCGCCAGGCUAUGCGCAUGUGCUGAACUCGGCGGACCGUGAUCUGAUCUCAAAUGCGCUGGCCCAACAGUCAGUCGCUGCGGCCGCCGUGGCAACGACGGCGGGCGGCGUCAACAACCUGGGCAACCGAACCAUCUAUCUCGGCAACAUUCACCCUGAAACCACUAUCGAAGAGAUCUGCAACGUUGUUCGCGGAGGUCUGCUGCACCACGUUCGGUACAUCCCCGACAAACACAUUUGCUUCGUCACCUUCAUCGACCCCACUUCGGCGGCUUCGUUCUAUGCCCUGAGCAACCUGCAGGGCCUGAUGAUCCACAAUCGACGACUGAAGAUCGGCUGGGGCAAGCAUUCGGGCCCUCUCCCGCCUGCCAUCGCGCUGGCAGUGAGUGGGGGUGCAUCGCGUAAUGUAUAUAUUGGAAACUUGGAUGAGGCAUGGACCGAGGAACGGCUUCGACAGGACUUCUCCGAGUACGGCGAGAUCGAGCUGGUGAACACCCUGCGCGAGAAGAGCUGCGCGUUUGUCAAUUUCACCAACAUCGCCAACGCGAUCAAGGCCAUUGAGGGCAUGCGCAACCGGGAGGAUUACCGGCGAUUCAAGAUCAACUUCGGCAAGGACCGCUGCGGAAACCCGCCACGCCAGGCCGGAAAUAACCAGAACGGCAACUCGCAACAGGGCCGCAACGGGGCCGGCAUAGAGGGACCCCAGUCGCCCUCGCCCGCGCUCAACGGGUUCCAGCAGAGCCUCAGCCAGUCCGGCUCGCAGUCCAGCCCGACUCGCCCUGCCAUCUCCCCUGCGCCGGGCUCGACUGGCUCGCAAAAUGGCCAGCAGCACCGACAUCCCCUCCAAUCGGUGUCUCCCCCGUCCGGCGUGCUGAACGUCGGCUCGAGCAACCCUUUAACCAUGUACCUGAACCAGAUGUCUGCCCAGCAGUCGCAGGAGCCGGAAAGUCGACUGAGCGACUCGAUGGCCCUGGCUAGUUUACAGGCGCAGUCUCAGGCCCCGCCUCAGCAGUCUCUAUAUAAUGGUGCUGGCAAUGGUGAGCUCUCCAACGGAAGCAUAGAGGGAUCGCUGCAUCAGCACAAGUCUUCGGCCAAUGGCUAUUUGAGCGUAGCCAACGGCACAUCAGGGCCUGGCCACCACGCCACCGCCAGCACCAGCAGCCUGAGUGUGCCGCGUGCACAGCAUUCGCGCGCCGUCAGCUUGCCCUCCUUCUCCCAAGAGCCCUUUGGGCCCGUGUCCAACCAGGCCGGUCACAGCCGAGCGGGUGCGGCCCAUCAGCCCCAGAGCAGCUUCUCCAGCUUCACCUCGGCCCUGGGUGGACUCAACCACCCUGGCUUUGGCCUGGCUAUCCAGAACGAAAGUUCGCUGCCAGGCUGGGCUGAAGAGGAGAUUGGGGCUAAAUAA